AUGUUUGGGGCAACUAGUUCUCCCUGCACAGCACAGUUCAUAAAGAACAAAAACGCACUUGAUUACGCAGAACUUUACCCCAAAGCGGUAGAUGCGAUUAUUAUGAACCACUACGUCGAUGACUUUCUCAGCAGUGUCAAUUCUGUGGAGGAAGCCGUACAGCUCGUCCGGCAAGUGCAGCUAAUACACGCAGCCGGUGGAUUCGAGUUCGGAAAAAUUCUAUCCAGCUCACAGGAGGUGCUCGAUCUACUCGGGGAGACUGGUACGUCUGACAGCAAGUCACUCAAUUUUGAGAAGGAACGGGUCUACGAGCGAGUCUUGGGCCCAUAG